AUGGCCGCUGCCCCACCAACGGGUGCAUCACAUAAAGUCCUUCUUUCAACUUACGAGAAAGAAAACUUCCAGCGGAUUGCGAGACUAUUGGUGGCUGGAGGCACAGCCAUAAUGCGAGAAAUGUUUGAUCAGUUUUUCAGCCCUCAUCAAUUUGUCGUGAGAAUAAACAAUCCUGCCGUUAAGCGUAAGAUUAAGAAGGCAAAACUUUCCAAGCCACAAAUGGAAUGCCUUUAUCCAAAACCGGGAACAUGCAAUAGAACUUCGAAAGACUUCGACAUUAGCCUCCUUUACAAACUAUUUAAAACAGUCUGUAACCUUAUUCCACCAGCAUCUGGGUGGGAUACCUUUCCACCACCAACAGACCAUUCUACAGCUGCUGAUCUGACAAGAAUUAAAGAAUACCGCAACAAAAUUUGCCACGGCUACCCUGAAAUGGAAAUGGGUGAAACCGAAUUUAAUUCGUUAUGGAACGACAUUCGAGAGGCUCUUGUGAGACUAGCAGGCUCGAUAAGUCAUUCAGCUCAAAGUGCAUGGGAAAGAUUGAUUGAAAAGUUCUUAACUGAUCCGCUAACGUCUGAGGAUGAGAGAAAUGUUAGAGAAUUGAAAGAAUGGUACGAAAAUGAAGUAGGAACCAAAGAGGAAAUAAAGGAAGUUGCAAAGUCUAUUCAAGUGGGACUUGAGGGUGUACACCAAGCCAUAAAAAGGACUGGUGAUGAUGUACACCAGGCCAUAAAAAGGACUGGUGAUGAUGUACGUAUUGACGAUGUACAACAGGCAAUCAAAGACACCGGCGAAACAAUAAUGAAAAAAUUUCAUCCCAUUGUCGGAAAAAAGAAUGAUCCAAGGACAUCAGCGCAGUUAACAAAGAGUGCUCUCGUUGGAAGAGCGCAAAAUAAUGACCUCCAAGAUGAGAGAAGGUCACAUUUACAAUGUGGAUCAUCAACUCCACCAGAAAAAAUGUUAACGGCGACAUCAACCCAUAGUGAGUUCAUUAAGGCCAAUUUUCCUCAAAACACGUGCAUUACACGUUUGAUUUUCGAAUGUUCAAGCUAACUGAGUUCCUACAGGGUACCCCUCUUUCAAAAAAUUUUCCCGAUUACCACUAAAUGAUAUGUUUAUUUUCUGUGUUAAGAUUGCCAAGAAAUUGCAAAAGUCGAUCAACUUUUGCUCAAUGAACGCGUCAAAGAUGUACCAUCAAUUUUACGGUUUAAUUUAGACUGACUUGAGGGUUUGUCCUGUACAAUAAAUCGCGGGAACUUCAGAUAUUUUUAAUUUGGCAGUAGAUUAGCGAUACCUCUGGUCACACUUUUCUUGGUUAUUUUCAGAUUCGUUCCACGUGCAGAGAUUCGUGCAACACACGAAUCUUGUACAAAAUUACUCCUGAAGGAUAAGGUGUAAGACUAUGGCAUGGAUUACCUUUAUGUUAUUGCCUAUCUUGGGGAUCCAGUUUUUUGGUUUUAUUUACCCUUCCUUGUUCACAUUAAUUUGCAUUUUACUUUACAGGCCCCCAAAUUAGGACGUCAUAAGGAUAAAAAACACACAUAAUGGCACAUAAAGAAGGUUUCACAAUUAUAAACUAUUGAUAAUUACAAUUUAUAAGCCUGCUUUGUUUUUAUAAUCUUCUUUUCUCAUUUUAAAGCAACUGGUUCAGGAUCACGACAGUUACCAGCAGGA